UAGUAAUUGUAUAAUUUCUAUGAAAAUUAAUUGGCCUUUUGGUAAAAAUUGUGAGAAUGUUCCAGAAGAAUUGCUUUGUGAGAAAGCUACAAGAAAAGAGAUCAAAACCAGUGAGAACAUGAACAACAAGAUGAAAAUGUCUGCCUUCAAUGUUUAUAAACCAAGUAUCAUUGGGAGGAACAAUGAUUCUGAUUCGCUAAUUAUGGCUAGACAAAAUAUUAGCUGCAGACAGACCGCGAAAUUAUCUAAAAAUAGAUCCUUUCUCUCAGAGGUUACCAAAAAGAUCAAUCAGAUGGAUGAAUCUACUGGCUCAAUAGAGGACAAACCAAAUAAAAGGAGAAGAGGAUAUCUUCAAAAAGAGAUCAGCUAUCUGCUUCGUAGAUCAGCUGAACUGAGAAAAAAGAAAACUGUAUUCGCCACUUCUCAGAUGCUCCCCUCAGAUUUCUCAGUUGAUGAUAUUCUAAGAGAUAAUUCAUUUCCAGAAUGUUCUGAAAAUGAUAAUCUUGAUAAAGAAAGCUUAUACACAUUUGGAGAGAAAUGCUAAGCUUAUAUUAACCUUAAAUUAUUCUAAAACUUCCUUCUAAAUAGCCUCUGCCAUUAUUGUUAUCUUUGGGAAGAUCAUACCGGAAUUUGAUAAUUUGUGCCACCAUUUGUGCCAUGGUUUAACAAAUUAAUACUCUCGGGUUUUCAUACAUUAUUCUAUUUUUCGCCAUUUUAGCCAUUUCCAUUAUUCUUACUUUUGAAUUAUGCCGACUCUAAGUUUUCGAUUCUUAUUAAGCUUAUUAUUCGGCUUUUGUUCUGAUUUCAGUCAUGACAAACAUUCGGAAAAUUUCCGGAAUUUUUAGCAUUAAUUAUUUUAGUCAUUUUCUAGGUCAGUUAGAAAAUGGAAGAGCCAAUAUUCUAAUAAUCAAAAAGAUUAGCCCCCUUGGAACUUGAGAUAAUAGAUAUUUGGUUAAAAGAUCAUUUUAUUAAUAUUUGGUUUACUAGAAGGUAUGUCAAAAUCGUAAAAUGUGUUGUAUAAUUAGUAAUUCGGUUUGGGUUAUCGAUAAUAUUGUAGUAUUAGAUAUCAUUCAAUUUAAUGUUUCUUCUUACUAAAUCGGAAAAUUCUGGAACAAUUUUUAAUAAAAAUGAAUACUUUUAGCUCCUUCUUAGCCUCAUAAUAUAACUUUAAGUGGUAUAUAAAUUCUUGCUUAUAUUACCUUGUCAUAAUUGUAAUCAAAAAUAUAGUUAUAUACAUUUUGGUGAGCAUUUCUAAAUAUCCCCUAACCCAGCCACAUUACACCAUAAGACCAACCUUCUUCAAUUAAAUUUGAUAUUCCCCUAUCUAAUUUCACCCAUAUAAACAUCUUCAACCCCAAAUCUCCUCCCUGACCAACAUCCCUGAAAUUUUGACAUCUUCACA